CUCUUGAUUGCUAAUUUUUAGCUUUUGUGAAUUCAGCUUCGUUUGAUUCAGGGAAGAAGAUUCCAACAAUUCUCGAUGAUUUUUCCAUCCUCUUUGUAGUAUUACUAAGUAGAAAAGGAAAGUGAAUUUAGUGAAAUUUUCUUCGCAGGACCCGUUUGGAACACUUAAAAGUCAUGAUUAACUACAUCUGACUAAUAAUAUACAAUGAGUUGUUUUGAAGUACUGUUUUCUUAUUUUGUUUGACUGAGAUUUGGUGCUUAGUCUUGAGCUGAUGUUUUCCCUUGCCCCCCUUUCCUGUCCUCUGGCUGUUCUAACUACAAAAGUUUAAAGAAAUUGAAAGACUGUGACUGGUUUGUAUACUACUGACUGUUUUACUAAUCAAUAUUUAAUAUGGUUUUCAUAGGAUAUGUAACAUGACACUGAUAUUCUGGACAGGUAAUUUUCAUUGUUUGAAAACCUUACAUAAUAAGGGGAAUCAGGUAAUUGCUAGAAAUGAGCACCUUAUUUUUUUUUAGCAUCAUAUUGCCAAGGAUCUGUUUUGUAAAAUCUACUCUUGAAAAACCUCUAGCUUCUGACUGUUACAAUUAGAGUCAAAAUAGUUCCGAAAUUGUCAAAGUGAAGUUAACAUUUAAAGGGACACUGUCACUUUUUUUAAACUUACUUUACAUCCUGGCUCUAAAAACCCUUAAUUACUGCUCCCUUUACCUAAAGUUUGUAAGGCUAUUUGGUGGAAUUCAGGACUAUAUUAAAGGUAGUGAAGCUGGUCCCCUUGGUGUCUCCUUGCCAUCCUCUGUAUGCACAUGCUUGUGGCCUCUUUGGUUUCAGCUUUGCUGUGGCUGUGUGCACCCUCCUGCCGAGCCUGGGAACAGCGUGCAUGCUUGCUCUCUCCACUACGGUGCAUGAGGGAUGUGUCGUGCUGGUGCAUGAGGAGAGGGCAGUCCCUGGCAGGGACACUGGCUGCAGGUGAAGUGCUGCUACCAAACAGAGACAGUGAUGGGGUUUAUCAUAGGAGCCUCUGUGAAGCUGUUUUUUUGAAGUAAUGCCAAUAGAAAGUGGAAGUUGUGCAUCUGCUCGCCAAGCAAAGCAAAAACGUAAAUCACACAGUCUUUCCAUCCGGAGAACCAACAGUUCUGAGCAGGAACGGGCAGGACUGCAGAGAGACAUGUUGGAAGGGCAGGAUUCUAAGCUACCAUCUUCUGUCCGGAAUACACUCCUUGAACUUUUUGGACAAAUAGAACGGGAAUUUGAAAACCUGUAUAUUGAAAAUUUGGAAUUGCGUAGAGAGAUCGAUACACUGAAUGAGCGUUUAGCAGGUGAAGGACAGACAAUUGAUGGAGCUGAACUGAGCAAAGGACAGCUGAAAACAAAAGCCAGUCAUAGUACCAGUCAGCUUUCACAGAAAUUAAAGACAACUUACAAGGCAUCUACUAGCAAGAUUGUAUCCAGUUUUAAAACUACAACAUCAAGGGCAAUCUGUCAACUGGUAAAGGAAUAUGUUGGCCACAGGGAUGGUAUUUGGGAUGUCAGUGUCGCGAAAACUCAGCCAGUGGUGUUGGGAACUGCAUCUGCUGAUCACACUGCUUUGCUGUGGAGCAUAGAAACAGGGAAGUGCCUUGUCAAGUACGUAGGGCAUGUUGGAUCAGUAAACUCCAUAAAGUUUCAUCCCACUGAGCAAGUGGCUCUUACAGCAUCUGGAGACCAGACAGCUCACAUCUGGAGAUACAUAGUACAGUUGCCUACACCUCAGCCAACUGCAGACUGCAAUCAAGUGACUGGAGAAGACGAAGUUGAGUUCUCAGAUAAAGAUGAACCUGAUGGAGAUGGGGAUGGUUCCAGUGAUUGUCCCACUGUCAGAGUGCCAUUAACUUCCCUGAAAAGCCACCAAGGAGUGGUCAUAGCAGCUGACUGGCUGGUUGGGGGGAAGCAGGCUGUGACAGCAUCGUGGGAUAGGACAGCAAAUCUGUAUGAUGUAGAGACUUCUGAACUUGUCCAUUCUCUUACAGGGCACGACCAGGAGCUCACGCAUUGUUGUACCCAUCCCACCCAGCGCCUUGUGGUGACAUCAUCACGCGAUACAACCUUCCGUCUGUGGGAUUUCAGAGAUCCUUCUAUCCAUUCCGUGAAUGUCUUUCAGGGCCACACAGACACUGUGACAUCUGCAGUUUUCACUGUGGGAGACAAUGUUGUUUCUGGUAGUGAUGACCGUACAGUAAAAGUCUGGGAUUUGAAAAACAUGAGAUCUCCUAUUGCAACAAUCCGUACAGAUUCUGCAGUCAACAGGAUUAACGUAUGUGUUGGCCAAAGAAUCAUCGCCCUCCCACAUGACAACCGACAGGUCAGAUUGUUCGACAUGUCAGGAGUGCGAUUAGCUCGGCUCCCUCGCAGUAACAGACAGGGGCACAGGAGGAUGGUGUGCUGCUCUGCCUGGUGUGAGGACCAUCCCAUAUGUAACCUCUUCACGUGUGGGUUUGAUCGUCAGGCUAUCGGGUGGAACAUCAACAUCCCUGCUUUGCUACAGGAGAAAUGAAAUCCUGAAGGAGUUUCUGCGUUUGUGUCACCAUGGACUUCUACACUUGGGCAGACUGCUCUGAACACUGGUCUGCUCCCGCUGUAAAAGCUCUUCCAUAAGGGGAGGCUUGAGCAAAUGUUGUUCUUGUUACCACAUUGUGCACAGUUUGCAUGAGUUGUACAGAAGAUGUGAUUUUUUUAAUGAUUAGUUUGUCUUGUGUAUGAACUUUUAUAUUUUGGCAUCCACUGGUCAAUAUGUUCACUGUUGCAUAGAGCACAUAAAUGUUCAUAAGUUAUUUAGCAUUCAGUAGUUACACAGUAGGGCAUUACAUUUGUGACAUAAAUGUGAAACUUAUGUAAUUACUGUAGACAGUGUAUAGCAGUCUGUUAUGUUUUUCCAUGACUCUACAUAUCUGCCUUGUGUUUAAAAGAAUCUGCAGGGCUAAAACUUUGAAAUGAAGUGUGAGUUUCACUAGUUGUAUGAUUGUAAACAUUUUCCUGUUUGCAUCUGAUUUGGAAUACUUUUUUUAGUGCUGCGUUAUAGUGCAACUUCAGCUCCAUUUUUAUUCCAGUUACUGGAGAAAUAGUAGAUUUGAGAAGGAAAAUGCAAGCAACUUGUAGUGAAUAUAGACUGCCAGGUUUAUUUGUAAUGCUUUUUGUACUUUUUCUUUUGAAAAAAGAAAAAUAUUUGUUCUGCCCUUCUUAUAUAAAGUGAUUCUAAAACCUCAUUGCAUUUCAUACUAGCAAAAAUCCAGAAUAUUAUAAUUCUAAUCACUGAAAUCUGGUCAAACAAAUUCUGAAGCACUUUAGUUUAUAGCUAUUGUUAUAAACCGUUUAUGAAAGUUUGACUUUACCAGUGAAUGUGAGCUGACCUUUGUAAGAAGGAUUACUUCUUUUUGGUGAUCUGCCCAGAAAGGAAAUAGGUUUUUUUUGGGGGUGGUGUUUUAGUUUAUGUACCUACAGUGAGCAUAUUUUUAAUUGUGUUCACUUCCCAUAUUUUUAUUUUGAGCCAGCAAUACAAAGCAAAUGAGUACUACCUCAAAAAUGAAUGUUGGUCAAGAUGUGUCGAAUCUCUCUGUAGCCUAGAAAAAAGCACUUUUGGUCUCUGCCUGAAGUACUAUCUCUGACAGGAGAGGAAAGACAAUCAUACUACAUGUGAUCCUUAAGGUAAUUAACACAUAAAGCUAGUGGAGCAAUACAGUCAGUAAACAUCAUCUGUUACCUUUCUGUUAUCAGCCAGGACAAGGGCUGCUGCAGUCCCUGUCCUGUUCCAGAAGGGGAUAAUUAACACAGGUCUCCCUUCUUUCUCCCAAAUGAUCUUACUCUGGUUUUGCUCUCACUGUGCUUGGCUGUUUUUUGCACUGGCAGUGGGGUGUUACACUGCAGCUGCUGCUGAUGUAAGUAAAUGCAAGUGGCAGCUGAUGUCUUCAAAAGAACAGAAAGGCUGCUUCAGACAGACACCUCUUUUUGGCUAAAGGGAGAUGCUGCCCCUAUAACUGUCUGACAUAUCACAGUACAAUAUGAAGGGUGAGGGUAAGCCAAGGGGUACACUCUUACAGUGGGAAUUAUGGGGUUUAUGGUGUGUUGGCAGAAGUAUUAGGAGCGUUUUAUCUCAUCAUUAUGAUUUUGUGAAACUGCAGCUGUGCUCAUGUCCUCUAAGCACUGUUUAUAAUGACAUGAAGACAGAUGUGUUAGCUGGUUCUGUUAACUAACAUAUAUAUGGCAUGGGAGUGCAAUGGGAUUGGAUGAUGAAUGCAUCAGUGAGGAAUUUUAGGAAAACAGGGGUCCUAGACAUAGUUUUGGAGUGUAGCAUUAAGGAAGCUCAAAAUAUUUAAUGGAGGAUAUAUAUGUAGUAUCUUUAUAGUACAGGUCAUCACAGUAGUUUGAUCCCUUGUUUUUUUCUUUUGUAGGGUUUGGGUUGUUGUUUUUUUUGUUUGUUUGUUUGUUUGUUUGGGGGUUUUUUUGUGUUUUUUUUUCUUUUUUUUUUUCUUUUGAGAUACAAGAUACAUACACAGCUGUGCUGAAGUAAUCUUAAAUACCAAAACCAGUGAGGUUGCACAAAGCAGCUGCAGAGUUUUAAGUCUUCUGCUGAUAAAAGUUAAAUGAUGGUGUCAAAGUUUAUUUUCACUUUUUUUGUUUCCUGGGUUUUUAACUCUGGGGUAAAGCUGUUUAAUGUUGAGUUACAGGUUUUAUUCCUUAAGAAGACAAGACUCAUUUUCUUUUAGUUGGUGACAGGAAGAAUUUUACAAAGGUUUAUGAUGUUUAAAAAUAGAGAGAAAAAUGUCUGGCCAGUUAAAUCAGUUUCUCCAGCAUGGCCUGCAUGUAGUAUCUUGAGCAAUGGCUGUCCUUUAUUACCUGAGGUGGGGGAGAGGCUCACUGGUUUUGGUCCUGCUAAACUAAAGUGUCUCUUUAAGCUUCUCUAAUACAUAUGUAAUACAGGACCACUGGACUCUAUGCAGUUUUAUCAUCAUUGCUGCAAACUUUUUAUAUCACCAGAGGGACCGUCCUCUGGUACCAGGAAUGGGUUAUUACAUUGUUUCAUUUUGAAAAAAUCAAGCAAACAAGGUGCUAGAGCCACGUUCUUAUGAGCAGGCUAAUACUUAAAUCAGCUGAACACUUAACUAUCACGUAGCUUAAUUUUAUAUGCUGUACUGAAGGGUAAGCAGAACUGCCAUUCCCCUUGAAGCAAACAUGUGAGCCGUGGUGAAUAAUACAACGUUGGCUUAAUAUGUGGAAAGCAUUUCAUGGCUUUUAAUGUUCUAAAAAGUGUUUUUCAGCACUGAACAAUGUCUAGCAUUUCAUAAAAUGGAGAAGAGUUGCAGUUACAGUUUCAGUAUUGUGCAGAAUUUCACAGAAAACUCAUCACUGGGCAAAACCAAGCUUCUGUGUCUUUCUCUCAAGCAAUGCACAUCAGUUUUCACAAAGUUUGUGUAUAAUAUAAAGUCAGAAAGAUCUGGAAUGAGACAUCUUAUUUGUUGCCUAAAUUUGUGAAAACUACCUUUUGGGGAAAAGAAUUUAUAAGUUAUGUGGAACCACUUUUUAUUAUUCUGCUAAUUUGUUUUUAGAUGUAAAAUGUUUUUCUUCAUUACAAUUCAAAAUGCAUUAAAACAUUCAACAAUUUUU